AUGCCCAAUCCCAGUUUACUUGACCACCUUGGCUUCAAGUUUGAUUCCCCCAAGCACAAGAAGCGAUCAAGAUCCAAGAAAACCCGAUCAAAGUCUCUCAAAGGCCCUACAAAGUCAAUCGACCCAAUAACUUCAACCAUCUCAACAAGCAGCGUGCCAAGAAGAUCGAUUGAGCAUCAAAAGUUAACGCCUCCAACACAUAUACUACCUAAUCACUUGAGUGCAACUAAUACCAACUUGUUCAAGGCCCCCAAUUUCGACCUGUUGGAACAGAUGACACAGUCACUCCAGGCUAGAGGAAUUUGUAUCCAAAGCAAGGAGAUGUUUGCUAAGCCUUCUCAGCCAAAGGAAAAUUAUGAUGAUGAUGACUUGCCCGCCGAGUUUCCCACAGAUGAGGCCCAAAAUCAAGAAAUCCUUUCAAAUCCUUUGACCCGGUUCCUCAAGCUCAACAAAUAUCUUAAAGGCGUACCAGAGGUUAAAUUUUGGUCUGGUUCAUCCAAUCCUGCAGCCUUACAUCUACCGUUUCCAAGAAUUGCUGAACACUUUCAGCUUCACCGCGCUGAGACCACGUUGAUACCUAUGGGCAUAAGUAGAGGAUGGCCAAUUCACAUUGACUUUGAAAUUCUCCCAACCCGCGUCCAAAAUUUCAAGUUACACUUAGAAAAAGUCUAUAAACGCAAGGUACCUUCCAACUUCAUGAAUAGCGCUGUAGAACUAUGGCAAUCCUGUGGUAGACAGAGAGUCCAAAGUGUUGUGCACGAUUUUUCCAACUUUCACAUGGAACAGCCAGGAUACUAUGGUGUUCGUGGCUAUCAGAUAAUACUUGGCCGGCUUAAAGUGAUGUUCAAAAAUGAGACCCUUCCCCUGGCCCCUCCGUUGUCAAAUGAUUUCCUCCUACGGAAAGUGUUACUCCCAGAAGUGGCCAGCUGUCUCAUUGCAGAGGACAUGAAUACCGAUGUAGCCAAUCAAAAGGUCCAACUGAACUUGGAAGAGAGUCGGAGUUUUGGAGCGAUUCUCUUUCCGGAUCCCGACGAAGACUAG